AUGAACACUUCUCGCGUGAAUUUCAUAAACGACUUUCAGGAAAUUUGCAUUGAAUCAGAGAUAGAGGUUGUCAUGUCAAAGGAUAUUCUAUCCAUGGUUGGAAAAUCCAAACCUUCAAAAGUCACUAAAUCAUUGACUUCUCAGGCUCAAAAUUCUAUCUCAUCAAUAUCAUCAAAAUCACAAACAAACAAACAAUCAGUUCAUACUAGUUCCAUAAUAGGUGAAUAUUUGAUCAAGAUCAUACCCAAGAACUUUUCACUUACUGAAACACCUGUCUCUAUAGUAGCGUUUGACCUUGAUGGAACAUUGAUUAAUACCAAAUCAGGCUCGAAAUUUGCAAGAUCAUCAACAGAUUGGAGAUGGUUUAAUCAAUCAGUUAUAUCAAAGUUGAAAUCAAUAAAGAACAAUUCACCAAUUGUGAUAUUUACAAACCAAGGGGGUGUUGUUGCUAAACAGACUUCCAAAUCAUAUCAGAACUUUGUUGGUAGAAUUCAAUCAAUUUUAGAAAGUUUGAAAUCUGAAGGAAUUGAUAUUAGUAGAAUAUGGGUUUAUGCAAGUCCUAAGAAGGCAGCUGGAUAUAAAGGAGAUUCUGUGAAGAGUUUUGAAGAGAUGAGAAAGCCUCAAAGAGGAAUGUUUGAUAAUUUCAUAAAAGAUUUUGGUGGUGAAGAUAAAAUACUCAUUAAAGAUAGUAUAUAUGUUGGUGAUGCGGCUGGUAGAUCUAAUGAUUUUAGUGAUAGUGAUUUAAAAUUUGCAGAAAAUAUCAAUCUAAAUUUUAAAGUCCCAGAAGAUUAUUUUGUAUAG